AUGGGAUCUCUUAUGGCAGGUUGGGACUCUCCAGUCCCAGAUGAUAAAGCUGUGAAAUUUCAGAGAAAUAAGUCAUUGACUAAGGAGGAAAUUGAAGCGUUUUGGAAAUCAAAGAAAAGAAAAGAAGAGGAACAUUUAAGAGAGAUUUCUGUUCUGUCACCCCGCAGCCAGGAACAAAUUAAAGAGAAUUUCUUGGAAAGUGAAACAAGUCUAGAUAAACUAUUACAAAAGAAUGGCUGGUGGAUCAGUAGCAAUUCUGCAUUUCUAAAUGAACCUCCAGUGAUUGCACCAGACGGCUCUAAUCAGAAGUACAAAUCACAAUAUCAUGUAGCUACUCUCACAGGAAUCACAAAAACUCACGUCCAAACUGGGUUAGGGGCGUAG